ACUGUUGUAGUUGGAGAAGGAGUGGUGUGGCUGUGACCUGUGAGUGGGAGGUAGAAAGAGAAAGAGGAAGAGAGCGCAGCGCAAAACGAUGGAUUUUUCAUCGCCAUCGAGUGGAUCCUCUUCUUCGAGCCAAUUCAACGCAGACGUUUUCAAGGACCAGCUCAAGAACCAGCUUGCCCAGGCUUAUGCCGAGGAGUUCCUUGAGACCCUAAGAGCGAAGUGUUUUGAUAAGUGCAUCACAAAACCAGGAUCAAGCUUGAGUGGAAGCGAGGGCAGCUGCAUCUCUAGAUGUAUGGAUCGCUAUGUUGAAGCCACUGGCAUCAUUAGUAGAGCUCUAUUUAGUGGUCCACCACAAUGAAAUUUUUGGGGUAACACUUGCUUGAAAAACUCAAUAGUUUCUUUUUUUAUCUGAGGAAAAACACACCUGGAAGUAGGGAUUAUGUUUGUUUUGUAUUGGUACCCUGAAUCUUUAUUAGUGGGGAUAUAAUUGUUUUUUUUUUUUUU